AACACAUGAAAAUAUGAGGAAUUUGGUUUCAUAUAUAAUAUAUAUAUUUAUUCACCACGUAAUCAAUUAGUUUUGUUAUAGUAAAUUUAAAAGAAGAACUUAGCAAAAUAUUAUUUCUGAAUAUCGUUUUCAAUAGUCCAUUAAUUAAAAAUCUUUUAAUCAAAAUGCAUACUUUUUUGUCAAGAUCAAAUUCAAUCCUAGCUUAUACUUUAAGCGUAUCGGCUUGUCUAACAUUUUGCUGUUUUUUAUCAACAGUCUUUUAUGAUUAUAAAACUGAAGUAUCACUGGACACGAUAAAAACUGCUGUGAAAAAUGUUCCAGACUACAGUGCAUCAAGAGAAAGGAACGAUCUUGGAUUUGUUACAUUUAAUUUACGGACUGAUUUAACUUCAUUGUUUAACUGGAAUGUUAAGCAACUGUUUCUGUUUCUUAUUGCUGAAUAUAGAACCAAUUCAAACAAUGUCAAUCAGAUCAUUUUAUGGGACAAAAUCAUACUACGAGAUGACCAUGCCGUACUAGAUUUCAAAAACGUUAAUACGAAAUAUUAUUUCUGGGAUGAUGGAAAUGGAUUGAGGGGAAAUAGAAAUAUUACAUUACAUCUAUCAUGGAAUGUUGUACCAAAUGCUGGAAUUUUACCAAGUAUCGAUGGAAUAGGAUAUCGUAAUUUUGGUUUUCCUUCUGAUUAUACAACUUCGCGAUUAUAGUAAAUACAAAAUAUGAGUAUUAUUUAUUCUAUAAGACAUUAUUGUAAAAUAUAAUAAAAAUAUCUAUACUUCCAGUAGAUUCCAGUAAUAUUACUUAUAAUAACAAUAUAGCAAUAGUAAUCCAUUUUUGUAACAAAAGAUGAAACAUUAAUUAGUUUUAUAAGUUUAUUUUAUUUUAUAAAACUAAAAUUUUUAUAGAAAUUCUUUUAAGUUAAUUACAAUUUCCAUGAAAACAUGAAAAAAAAACAGAAAAAUACAGUAUCCAGCAAAAAUUAAUCAUAGAUUUACAGAAAAUUUAAUACAUUUUUUAAGUUUUGUCAACGCCAGCCAUGAAUUGAUGAUAAGAUGUACCUGUGCUGUUUGAUCUCUUGGAACUUCCAACUUAACCGCUAAUUUAUACUUUAUAAUACACGUGCAAAAAAAUCUUUUAGUUAUGAAAACUAAUCCAUUAACUUUGAUAGUAUGUGGCUUCUAAGUUAACGAUAUAAUGUAUUGUAAUAAAAAAAAAUAUGAAUGAUUAAUAAAGACAUA